AUGGCAACUGUCAGGAGGAUUUGUCCUUUACGGUCUUCAGGAAAUGGAUUGUUUCGUUUGUUCCGAAGGAAUCACCACGAUGCUCCAACCUACCUGCGAGCCCGUAGGGCGAAGAAGGCAACAGCUGUCCUGGCAGUUGGAGGAAUAGCUUUGUACUCCUUCCUCAAGUUGAACCAUUUUGACAACACAGUUCAUGCCUUCAAGAAAGCAAUCAAGGUGAGUCAAUGA